UUGCGACUUAAUCUUAAAAAUGAGUAAGUCCCAAAACAACAAAGUACGAUUCUCAUUUGUUUUGUAUUUAGUCACCAGAUUGUUUGGAUGAUUAACGACUUGUAUAAUUUACUUACAUUAUUUAAUUACUAAUUACUUAAAAAAAAUUGUUUUUAAAAAUUAAAAAAUGUCGGAAAUAAAUAAAGAACCAGCAAUUAUAAAUAAUAUAAAUAUUGCUGAUAAUAACUCGAUACAAUGUGAAGCUGAAGCUGAUGACGUUAUAAAAAUUGAACCCAAGUCCUCAAGUUCACUUGGUGAAACUGAAACCGAAAAUCUUGAAGUUAAUUUAUUUACUGAGGGAAAAUCUUUAACUCUGGAGAUUUCAGAGAAAGCGACUGUUGCUGAGCUAAAAGAUGAAGUUAUUAAGCGAUUUAACGUUGACGUAAACGAACGCUGGGUAAUUGGCAGAUUGUUGACAGAUAAUGAUCCAACAACGUUGCAAGCGCUUCAGGUUUCGGGAUCGAUUUCAUUGUUUAAAUUAAGUUCCGGCAAAGAUAAAACAAAAGUUGAAGAUAAAGACGAGGUUGAUACGGUUCCAAAUAAUCAGUUCGCGGAAGCUGAAACAGUUAUAGAGCAAGACUUAAUGGUAAUUGUUGAAGGUGAACGUGAAUGUUAUGAAGAUGAAGGUGAAGCUGCAGCUUUGCCAGUUGAAUUUUUAACAACAGAAGUUAAUAAUCAAAAAAAUAAUUGUAGUUUUUCGGUAUACAGUGAAUUGAUGAAAUUAGAAGAGUGUGAAAUUGUACCGAAUUCAGAGUAUUUUGAAUGCCCUAUUUGCUUUGACUUUAUUGAACCAUAUCGCGGAGUUGUUUUACGUGAUUGUUUACAUGUUUUUUGUUGGGAAUGUAUUAAAAGUAAUGUUAAAUUGAAUGAUGAUGUUCAAAUUAAAUGCCCUUUUGCUGACAAUGAAUAUGCUUGUGAUGCAACAUUACAAGAACGUGAAAUCAAAGCUCUGCUAGGAGCUGAGUUGUAUGAAAAACAUUUAGACAAAUCGUUAACGCACGCAGCGCUAGAAGCACAUGAUCAAGCGUUUCAUUGCCGGACUGUUGAUUGUAAUGGCUGGUGUCUUCGUGAUGAAGAUGCUAAUCAUUUUUUGUGUCCAGUUUGUAAUUUAACAAAUUGUCUCACUUGCCAAACGAUCCAUGAAGGACGCACGUGUUUUGAAUACCAAGAAGACAUCAGGCUGUCAAAAGAUACAGAUGAAGUAGCGAGAAGAACGGCUGAAAAAAUUGUAGAAAUGUUGAGAACAAAGGAGGCAAUGGAAUGCCCGAAUUGUGGAAUAGUUUUGAUGAAAAUUGAUGGCUGUGAUGGAUUUAACUGCACCAUGUGCAAGACAGCUAUUUGUUGGGCAACUCGCGGACCUCGAUGGGGACCUAGAGGUGUAGGAGAUUUAUCAGGCGGGUGCAGAUGCAAACAACCAACUCCUUGUCACCCCAACUGCCGCAAUUGUCAUUGAAAAAAAAAAUAACAAAAUCUCAUAUAUUAUAUAAAUUUUUUUUGCAUAAACAAGUUUAUUGUAAUUUAAUUAAUAAUUACAUUACCAAUAAUAAU